GCAUGUCUCGCGAGAUUCCAUCGUCUCUGUGAGAAGAAGUGCAGACCUCCGGCAGCCAGUUCCGUCCAGUCGUCUUUCACGGCCUCACUAAAAUGGCGUCGGCUCCGGGUGAGUAAAGAAUUGUGAUAUGUUUCUUGGUGUUAUUCCUUUUAUGUUGUAUAGUAUGAACAAUCUAGCUUUUAAACAAGUCUGCAAAGACUUCAUGAAUGCAAAACGGUUCUUUCGGCUGAAACGGUUCGAAGCCAUUGUGACGUUAGCAGGCGCCCUGCGCGAGGCCUUCUCAUUGAGCCGUUGCAGUCAUUUUUUACCGGAUAGAUUUUCCUUUCAGCAGUCUAAGGUCGAGAAAACGAGUCCUGGUUUCCUUCCUACUUUUGUAUUCCAUCUAACUCGACGUUAUUUAUGUUCUCCUGUGUGCUUUUAUGAAAACUUCCCGUCGGUUUACGUUAGUUAACGUUGGCUGUGUGAAGCUGAAUGGCGACCUGACGACCGGGCCGCGGAACGUGCUGUUAGCAUUAGCUCGCGCGCAAACUGAUUUUCUCUGAUGGUCGUCUGUGUCGCUUUCAACUAUCGAUUUGGUGUUUCUUCUUUUGGCAGAUUACAGCUCCUACAAUCAGACCAGCGCUCAGCAGGGGUAAGAAAGUUAAAGAAUUAAUGUUUUUAAGUGAAUGUGCGUGAUUUUUAAGUAAGGGAGUAAAUCUAAGUGAUUGUGGCGAUCGUGUGAAAGACCCUCUAACGCCAUCUCAAUGGUUAACAGCAGUAACUCACUUUUAUCUUUCUGUGGAUGUUUUCUAUGUUUGAAUUGUACAAUAAUAAUAAUUACGCCUCAUUAUCUGACUCUUAACUCUGAAAUGUGAUUAUACAGGUAUGCCUCCUACGCUGCCCAGCCCUCUCAGAAUUACGGGCAAUCUGCACAGGUGAGAUUUGAGGAAACUACUCUGUUGUUGAUGUGGAUUGCUUUGCUUUGACUAACGAGUAGUUGUUGUUAUUAUAUCAAAUUUGUUUAAACUUGGAUAUCAGAUGUAUUUUUUAAAUUGCUAACUAAGGAUUAAGUUAAAAAUAAAAAUAAUUUCACCAAACACUGGUUCAAGAAAAGCAAGAGUACAUUUGUAUGGGAUUGUUGGCAUUUGUUUUGACUAAUGGUAUGUUUGAUAAUCUAAUUUCCUGUCUCCUUCUCCAUAUUUUAUCUGUCAUCUAAUUUAUUUUAGCUUUUGUUAUUCUUGUACUCUUUUCUUUAAACAUUUUAGGCCUUUUAUCGCUUUAUUUCUUGCUCAUUUCUGUUCUAUUCUAUCAUUACCAUUAUUAUCAGUAUUACCUGUUAUUAUUUUAUUAUCAUUGUUGAUAUUGCCUUUUAUAUUUACUAUCCUGUUUUUGCUUUUGACCCUCUCAUUUUUUGUCGCAUGGUUCUGUUAUUGUCUGGGUUUCUUAUGACAUGAAAAUGGCCUUCAAUUCUGUUUUAGCUGAGCUUUUUGUUUUUAUGUCUUUUUCCAUGUGCUUUAUGACUUUGCAAACUUCUGUUUUUAAAAGUGCAAAUAAAGUUAUUAUUAUUAUUGCUAAAUAUGUAUCAGAAGAAAUAAAGUGUAGAUUCCUUUCUAAAUGUUUUUCAAUGAAAUGUGUUUUCCAGCAGGGCUAUAGCCAACAGAAUUAUGGAUCAUACGCCCAACCUGCCACUCCUGAUGGCAGCUACACCCAGACAACACCUGCUGCUGGAGGCUACCCGCAGCAGCAACAACAGUAUGGCUCUUCAUAUGGCCAGCCAGCAUCAGGUCAGCUAUUAUUGACUCGAUAGAAGAAAGUCUUGAAUAAUUUCGACAUGUUAGAUCAAAGCUAGAUACCCUGAAAUGACACACGCAAGCUUGGUGACUUCUGUUUUCUGAACAUCCUGUGCUGUUGAUGGACUGCCUUCAUUCUUAACUGGAACAAUUACAGUUGUAAUGCAACCACUGUUUCCCUAUCUAUUUCUUUCUUUCACUAGCUGGUUAUCCUGCUGCUCAGUCUACCACUCACAGCUACUCCCAGUCAGCCCAGGGUUAUGGAGCCAGUGGGUAUGACAGUACUCCUGCUGCUGCUGCUCCAGCUGCCUCUCAGUCUUAUGGUUCUCAGCCAGGAUAUACUGCCCAGUCUGCUUACCCAGGAUAUGGCCAACAGGCUGCUCCCACGGCACCACAGAGGUAGAUAACCAAGGAACAACCAGUAAAAUCUACACAAAUACUUAGUUGUUCUUGUACCUACUUCGUCACAUCAUGCUUUCUCUUUGUUUCUGUCAGUUACAAUGCGAACAGCCAGCCAGCUAGUUACAAUCAGAGUAGCUAUUCACAGCCAGCAGCAUAUGGUCAGCAGCAGCCUGGCUACCAGGCCCAGCAGACCAGCUACGGUCAGCAGCAGGGCUACCAGCAAUCGACCCAGCAGCAGCAGGCGGCUCCUCCAGCUUACCCUCCUCAGGCUUCUGGUUCCUAUGGACAGCCGCCAUCCAACCAGUACAGCCAACAAGGAGGACCCCCCAGUUACAACCAGAACAACCACUACAGUAAGCUUUGCUUGUCCAUUUCCUUCAUUUUUGUGUGCACAAGUUUAGUUUGAUUUGAUUUCCAUUUGACGUAUAUUGUCCAAUGUGUGCGCCUCUUUUGAAGACAACUACAGACAGGAUGGCCAGGGUGGAGGUUCCGGUUACUCGGGCUCUGAAUCUUCAAGGUACCCCGGGUCAGGGGAAAGAGGUGGCAGGGAUGGCUUUGAUCGAGGUGGAAUGAUGCAUCGUGGACGUGGAAGCAUGGGCCGUGGCAUGGGGUAUGUGUCUCUCCUGAGCAUUUAAUCGCAUUUCGUUUUACAGGUGCUGAGGCCAAUGGGGCAGGGUUGAAAGAAGUUCCCAUCAGCAAUUGAUGAAAACUCAAAACAAUUCGCCCUAGACUUUUGUAAUUUGAAUAAUAUGGUUGUGUCAACAGACAGAAUAUAGGCUUCAUAAAUUGUUAAGGUCCAUGACCAAAUGUAAAGUUCACGCCAAAUUGGCAGCAGUUUCAGCCCUGCCUCUUAAUUGGCCAAAGGUAAGAAAAUGGGGAUUUUUUUUGUCUUUUUUUCGAAUAAGGUUUUAACCAGGGACCUGUGCAUAAACAUUUAGAUUGAACAGCUUGUAUCUUCAGACAAAAUUUUGACAGUGAGCUAAUGGCAAAAAGUUUUAGGCCAAUAAAGUAUGGAUAUUUAAUGGUUUCUAGGGAUAUGUGGCAGAAUCACAACUGCUGACCAUGAAAGGUUUCUUUAGGGAAGGUUCAGACAUCUUAUCACAGAAGCACCCCUUUAAAUUAGCUUCUCAUUCUGCUGUUUAUAUUCCCAAAGCAUGACGUCCCUAGUUUUCUAAUAAGGGUGCCAUCAGAGCAAAAAAAGUGGAAAAUCAGCAAGAUUUUCUGAGGUAUUUUGAAGUUGGAGUUUUGUUCUGUGAGAACUUAAAAUAAUUUAUUGUAAGCUGUCUCUAAAUAGGAAUUGUUUAAUUCUAAAUACACAAAAUAAACUCACUCCAGAGCAACAUUUUGGUUGAUACAUUUCAUCACUAAGAAGGUUUUCCCCUCUUUACCUGCAGAAACAUUAACUGGUGUUUUCAGUCUGUGGCUGUUUUAUUUGUGAGGCUGUUUUUUGGCUCUAAUUAUCUGGUCAGCCUAAUCUAUCAUAUUAAAAUGAGGGAAAAUGGCACAACAGCAUACUGGGGUCAAGCAUUACUCUCAUCAACCAUGUAGAUGAAUUUCCUUGUCAAGUUUUUGGUCCAAAGCCUCAUUUGUCCUCAAAGAUUUUAGGAAUUCACCAGAUUUUUUAAAAAUCUUUUGUGCUUAGAACUUCCAAGGUUUUUUUAUGCCUGUUUCUGGUUCUAUGUCGUACUAAAAUUGAACAAAAAAUCAGUUUAAAUUGUAAGAAAUACAUUUUCAAUGAAAUACAAAAAACAUUACAUUAAAUAUUUUUUUUUCAUGCAAACAUUUGCUCAUACCCAUAGUUUUGUUUUCCAGGCAUUCACUUGGAGUUUUCCCAGGUGUCACAUGUUGAUCAGAAAAGAGGGUCAGGCAGGAUUACUGAUACUACAGAUUACCACAGAACAUAAUGAGAUACUUUGCAUGGGCCAAUUUUACUCUUAAUCAGCAUUUUAAAAUCUCUUAUGAGAUUAUCACGGUGCACAUACAUUGAGUCCAUUUUGGUAAAGCACUAUCCACUGUCAUCUCAGAAUGGCAACAAAAACUGUCUUGGUGUGUAUUCCUCUUGAUGGUGAGAUUGGAACUCAGUUUCUUGGGUCUUUUGACACCUUUUUUUAUGGUUCCCUCAUUGAAAUGUCAACCAAACUCACUUUAUCCUGGAUUGGACUUUGGAAAAGUUUUUACACGUUAAAUCAUCAUUUACUAUUUUCUUGUAAUGCUAAAGGUUUGAGUUGAUUACAAAACAGAUUCAUCUGUGAUGCAACCCCCCUGAUAAAAAACUGAAGGGUUUACGGAGAGAGAUGUUGUUUUUAACUUUGGUGUAGGUUGUCAACCACAUUGUUAAAAAACAUAACUUUUCUUUCCCCGGGUCAUUACUAGUUUUCUCAAACACUACUGAGGCACUUAAAAAAAAAACAGUUAACUUUUAACUUUUGUUAUAAACUUGGGUUUUGGGAGUUUUGGAGUGCAGGAAAUAAGCUUAUGCAAUACAGGAUUCAGAUUUGUUUAUCACGGUAGGGUUGAGGCCAAACAAGCAAACGCCAUGAACAGAAGAGACGCCCUAAACCUUUCUAAAUAUAUGGCAUAGCACUGAUGUAUUAGGAGUGUAAUUACUGUAGGGUAUCUCUAGCCUGGCACAGGAGUAUGUGAAUCAUGGGUUGGGGGUUGGGGGGCUAAUUGUAACUUUAAAUGUUUAAAUUGUUUUUGUGGUUUGAAAUACAAAUGUUUGGUUAUUCCUUGAGCACUUUUUAACAUGCUUUGUCACAUUUAUACCGUACAGGUAACAGUGAGAGCCAUUUAAAACCAUCUAUUCUCUUUAAAGUAUCUGUACUCAGUACAGAGCCGCCAGCUUAAGCAGCAGGAGGGAGCUUUAACAAAGAUUCGGGGGUCUGCCUUUUUUCAAGAACUGAGGAUGGUGGUUUUUAUGAGCAUGAUGGUUACUGUUCACUGUUAUUGUUUAAUCAAAAAUAACUGGUUAAUCUGUAAAACUGUUUUUGGUGUUGAUUUCUCACAGUGUAUACUUGUAUUUUUAUUUCUUUUUUAUCACAUGGUGAAUGUCAUCAGCUUUUUGUACAUUUCAGAUGUGUUGUCUUUAAACAACAAUUUUAAGAUUUAAAUGUUUGAGCUUUUGUUGUCAGGGUGGUAACUUAAUCUUGGUUAAGAUUUAAUGCUAACAAUGCAUCUGAAGUUUGUCUACUUGUGUACAAAUGUUGGGUUUUUGUCACAUUUUAAAAGGCAGUGAACAUAUGUUAGAUAGUGAUUCAUGUUUUUGCACUUCUAUGUGUCCACUUCUGCAAACUGUAACUGAAGUUGUACUGAGCUAACCAAACAUGGCACAUGGUAAAUACUCUAAGCUCCUCAAAUAAGAUUGUGUAUUUAUGAUUUGGGGGAGUUUUUUUUUUCUUAGUUGCUGUUGGGUUAGUUAGAAUGUUUUCAUUAAUCCCUCAAUCAAGCCACUUUGCUCGAGCCAUGGAAGUGGCUGUAAAAGGAAAUCGCCUUCAUAUCUCCAUUUAUUCCCCCUAGCAGCGCUGGAGAGAGAGGUGGCUUCAGUAAGCCUGGUGGUAAGUUAACGAGUAUUACACUGGUUAGUCCUUUUAAAAGCCUUAAACUUAUAGAGCCAAUAUCCUCCGACAUUACGUUGUGGUUUGCAAAUUAAUAUACGUGAACACAUGUGAAAAUAUUUGGGAAUUUAUUUUCAAUGCCUGAGACCAUUUUCUCCAGGGUACUUGGUAUAAUUCAGUCACUGCUUAUGGUCUGAUGAGUUUUUGAGGUUAAUGACAAAUUUUCACUCAAAUGUGUGUUACUGCUUUACAAAAUCUCAUGAGCUGAAUUCCUGGGGUCUAUUAGGAUUUCUUACUGGUCUAAGAGGCUUUUAACACAAUUUUUUUGCCAAAGGGUUCGAGGUGUUUAUUUUUCAAUUCAAUAAAUCACUUGUGGGAUUUUUGGUGUACCAUAAGGUGCCACUUUUUUUGACCUCCCAAUAUGGCUGACCACCUUGAUAAGGAAUGUGGAUUAUCUUUUGUAGUACUCCUCAGGUGUUGUACACUGCAUCUCUGUUGCUCACACUGACAAUUCUCAAUUUGUGUCUCUUCCUUUCCAAUGAUGGACCACAGGACCUAUGGGCGGGGAUGAGCGUGAAAUGGGUAAGGAGUAUCACACUUAAACCAUCCCAUCAAUCCCUGACUUGGGUGGAUAAUAAACUAAAUAGUGUAAUCAGAAAAGAUGGUUUUAAAGCAUAUUGACCGUUCUGAUGUGUCUGUCGUAGGACGCCCAGAAGAGCAGGAUGACUCUGAGAACAGCACAAUCUACAUCACAGGGUUGACUGAGAAAGCUAACCUGGAGGAGAUGGCUGAAUUCUUCAAACACGUCGGCCCAAUCAGGGUAAGAGUUACACUUCAAUCUUAACUUGUGCUUCCACUAAAACUGAUGCAGAAUGUAAACAAAACCAAAUCUAUGUGUGAAGAUGAACCGCAGACUCGGACAGCCAGCGAUCAACAUUUACACCGAUAAGGACACUGGAAAGCCCAAAGGAGAUGCCACCCUGUCCUAUGAGGAGCCAAUCUGUGCCAAAGCAGCUGUGGAGCAUUUUGAUGGUACAUGUCAAUGAUUUAGUCCUAAACAGAGUUUCUCAAGUACAUGAAUUAAUCUAAAAGUACUGGAUAAAAUAUGUUUAUCUGAUGACUUUUGAUUUCUAAUUAUAGGGAAGGAGUUCCAGGGCAGAAGGCUUAAGGUAUCCAUGGCACGGCGCAAGCCCAUGAUGGGCGCAAUGAGAGGCAUGCCCAUGAGAGACGGCAUGAUGGGGCGUGGAGGUAAAUACCAACAGCAUUUAUCUAUGUUUGAGGAGCUGUUACAAUACGAUAGCUUUCAUCUUUUUGAGGUUAAGUCACAUGUAUAGAUAUUAUCCACAAAGUGAUUAAACUUAACACAUUUUAAUGUUUCAAACAAGUGCGUGUAGUGUUGGAAUCUCUUAAGGAGGCUGGAGUUCUGUGGGGUUUUGAUGCACACUCAAAGUGAACGUUGUCCUCAUUUGCUGAGUAAAUUUAGAAAUAAUGUUAAUUCUGCCCAAGAACCUGAAUGCUGUACUUUGCUUUUACCAGGUAUGAUGGGCCGUGGAGGAGACCGUGGUGGGUUUGGCCCCCGUGGUGGUCCACGUGGUAUGGGCAGAGGUGGACCCACAGGAGGAAACAUGCAGCAGCGGGCAGGGGACUGGGAGUGUCCUAACCCGUAUGUAUUAGUUCUUCCUCGUCUUCUUUCCUGACCAUUCUCAUCUCAAAGUUUUAUUUAUAAUCGGUUUAAUGGUCUGCUUUUAGGGGUUGUGGCAAUCAAAACUUUGCCUGGAGGAUGGAGUGUAACCAGUGCAAAGCCCCCAAACCUGAAGGGUUAGGAGGUGGCCCUCCUUUCCCCCCAGGAGGUGACAGAGGCAGAGGAGGAAUGGGAAUGCGUGGAGGCAGAGGUAUGGACCGUGGUGGGCCAGCAGGGGGCGGAGGACCUGGUGGCCCUGGAGGUUUCCGUGGAUCCUGGGGAGGCGACCGAGGUGGAUUCAGGGGACGUGGUGGAAUGGAUAGGGGAGGAUUUCGUGGGGCUGGGCGUGGCGGGCCACCCAUGGACCGAAUGGGUGGCAGAGGUGGAAGAGGAAUGGGUCCACCAGGUGGCAAGAUGGAUAUGAGGUAGGUUUCUGGUGUGUGGAAACCUUUUUAAUUUAGUGAAUAAAUACAAACCUGCAGCAAAGACACUGUAGAAAUCUGAUUUUAAAACGUCUGAUCUCUUUUUAGGGACCAUCGCCAGGAGCGCCGAGACCGCCCUUACUAAAGGAGGACUUCAUAAACGUUCCUCUUUUGGAAUUUGAUUUUUAAGACAGGAAUUUUUAAUUUAUGAUUCCAUAAAAAGUGAUGGUUAUAGAACUGCUUUCAAACAUCUACUGCAGUCUCAUUUAACUCAUGUUUCCAUUUUUCUAUUUUAGUUUACCCAUGUUUAUGCUGCGUCUCAUAUUGUACAUGUUCUUUGCUGUUUUUUUAUGUAUGCUUUUUAGUUUUGCCCUUGAAUUGUAAUGCAGAGUUUUUCAUUUGUUAGUACACUUGCCUCCUCUUUCCCAUUACUGACAGUUGUAUGUUGACAUACUUGGGAAAAAUAAAAUUUUACUGAUUUGAUGUUUGA